AGCGGUAGCGACGCGCUCUUUCGCUCUGCGUGAAGCGCAAACGCGCCCAGUUCGCUGUCGGAGACGUCGACGGCGGCUCGGUGCCUGAAGCCUUCAUCUCCAGCGCGUGAAGUGCUGCGUCGCCCGCCGUGCCGUCGCGUAGCGAUACAUGCGGUGACGCGCCGCCGCCACCGAUGUCGGAGGCGCCGCUCUGGCAGGCCGUCGUCUGCGGCUGCGCCGGCGGGGGAGGCGCGACGCUCGUGGGGCAUCCCCUCGAGACGAUGAAAGCCCGAGUCCAGAUGGGCCUCCCGAGCUGGCCGGGGCUCCGCGGGCUCUACGUGGGCCUCGCGGCGCCCAUCCUGGGCAACGUGCCCUUCUGGGCCUGCUACUUCGCGAGCUACCGGGCCGCGCAGCGGCACGUCGCUCCGUACUUCGGCGACGACACCGCGGCCGCGCAGCUCGCCGUCGGCGCCGUCGCCGGCGCCGCGUCGGCCGUGGCGCUGACGCCCAUCGACGCCGUCAAGGUCACGGCCCAGGUCGACCAGGUGUCGACGGCCGCCGCGUUCCGGCGGCUCCGGGAGCGGCGCGAGCUCUUCCGGGCGCUUUUGCCGACGGUCGUCCGCAUGAUCCCCUCGACGGCCGUCUUCUUCUACGCGCACGACGCGGCGUCGCGGCGCGGCUGGUCGCCGUUCCUCGCGGGCGGCCUCGCGGGCGUCGCCGAGUGGACCUUCAUUCUGCCCGUGGACACGGUGAAGACGCGCUUCACCAUGCUGCGCCACGCGUCGCUCGCGGCCGUCGUGCGGGGCGUCUGGCGCGAGGGCGGCGUCCCCGCGUUCUACCGCGGCCUCGGGCCGACGCUCGCGCGGUCCUUCCCGGCCAACGGCGCGGCCUUCGUCUGCAUCGACGGCAUCGACCGCUACUGCUUCCGCGACGCGCGCGAGGUCAGGCUGCGAUGACGCGAGUAAAAAGGGAAAUCGACCGC